GUGUCAUGUUUGUAAUUUAACUUUACUUUCUGAUAUUUUAAAGACAAUAAAGCUACUUCAGAGUAAAGGCAGAGCCACUGUGUGCGUGUGUUUUUAAUCAGGCAGUAUUAUGAGCCCCCUCCACACGGGGUCCUUUCAGUUUCCAACAUGGCGGCGUCCAUCGUGAAGCUGUUAGCACCUUGGACUCCCAGGUUCUGUCCGGUUCGGUGGACCCGGUAUAACCCGUACUACCUAGAACCCGAUCCUCAUAAGGAAGUUUACUCCAUCCCCGAGUCAGAGCUCAGCCCCGAGCAGAAGGAGGAGAAGGAGCUGAAAACACUGAGACCCAUUAAAGCAGCCAGGUCCAGUGAGACCAGCUCGCCAUUCCAUGAUCCGGUCAUCAGCAAGUUCGUCAACAUAAUCAUGCAGGAUGGCAACAAGGCCCAGGCACAAGGAAUCAUGACACAGACUCUAGAGAUGAUCAAGAGGAGGCAGGUGGAGAAGUUCCACCGUGCUCCGAUGGCUGAGAAGGAGACUAUCGAGUGUAACCCGUACGCCAUCUUCCACCAGGCCCUAGAGAACUGCAAACCCAUCAUCGGCCUGGUCAGCAUUCAGAGAGGAGGCAGGAACUACCAGGUUCCCGUUCCUCUAACGGAUAAGCGUCGCCGUUUCCUGGCCAUGAAGUGGAUGAUCACAGAGUGCAGAGACAACAAACACCGGCGCACACACAUGUACGAGAAACUCUCACAGGAGCUGCUGGCCGCUUUCAACAAUGAGGGCAACGUCAUCAAACGCAAACAGGACUUACACAAGAUGGCCGAAGCUAACCGGGCAUACGCGCACUACCGCUGGUGGUAACGAGGCAGCGGGUCUCAGGGUUCCUGCCUUUCAGUGGUGUGUAGGACAGGUUUGGAGCACAGCCUUGGACUGGUCAUGUCAGAUGUUUCGGUUCCUCAGGAGCAUGAGGAGCUGUGUGAUGGAAAAUCUUACAGUACAAUACCUAGAUAUAUGGACUCCAUGAGCUUUAACCUCUCUUCAGUCACUCUGAUGUCUGAUUAAUGUAAUAAUGCGAACAUGAAUAUAUCAAAAUGUGUGUUUUUCUAUUAUAACUGUUAAUAAAUUAUUAAAACCAU